GCGAGAGCGGAGAUCUCGCACCGGAGCCCCAGCCAGCCCCGGAGGAAACUCGGGCGCGCGUGCGUCCUCGCUUCGGUCAGUGUCUGAGAACUCGGAGGUGAGAGCGUCUAAGAGGCGCCAUGUUCCUCACCGCCUCCCUCCUCCGCGGCCGCAUUCCGGGCCGGCAGUGGAUUGGAAAGCACCGGCGGCCACGGAACGUGUCUUCCCAGAUGAAGGCGAACAUGCUGCGUCGCCUGGAGGUGGAGGCCGAGAACCACUACUGGCUGAGCAUGCCCUACAUGACGGCGGAGCAGGAGUUCGGCCACGCCGCGCAGCGCCGGGCGCUGGCGUUCGAGGCCAUCAAGGCGGCCGCCACUUCCAGAUUCCCCGAGCAUAGAUACGUCGCCGACCAGCUGGGCCAUCUCAACGUCACCAAGAAAUGGUCCUGACCCGGAGUCAUCACCUUUGCGCUCAUGGAGACGAGACUGUUGUGUACUUUGCUGGUCCCGGAGCUGAAGGAAAAUGUAAUUUAUGUAACCUUCGACCAGAAUAUUAUUAAAGCAAACGUGAUUAAUA